AUGGGUGGUAAAGAUAGCAUGUUUCGGUACGCUGAUGGCAUGGACAAGUUGUUGAUGUUCUUUGGGGUUUUGGGCAGUGUUGGAGAAGGGUUACGACACCCUCUCACAAUGUAUGUUCUUAGCCAUGUCAUCAAUGACUAUGGUAGCUCUGGUAUUUCUUUGUCUACUGAUACUGUAAACAAGUAUUCUCUCAAGCUCCUGUAUAUUGCAAUUGCUGUUGGACUUGCUGCAUUUGUUGAAGGAUUGUGUUGGACGAGAACUGCUGAGAGACAGACUUCUCGGAUGAGAACGGAAUAUUUGAAAUCGGUCCUUAGACAAGAAGUUGGUUUCUUUGACACUCAAGAUGCUGGUUCUUCCACAACCUAUCAAGUUGUCAGCACCAUCUCCAACGAUGCCAGUGCUAUCCAAGUAGCAAUAUGUGAGAAGAUACCUGACUGCCUUGCACAAAUGUCAUGCUUCUUCUUCUGCCUUGUGUUUUCCUUCAUACUAUCGUGGAAGUUUACUCUGGCAGCUCUUCCUUUUGCAUUGAUGUUUAUUGUCCCGGGACUUGUAUUCGGGAAGCUCAUGAUGGACGUGACAAUGAAGAUGAUUGAAGCUUAUGGAGUUGCUGGUGGGAUUGCGGAACAAGCCAUUUCUUCAAUAAGAACUGUAUACUCAUAUGUGGCGGAGAAUCAAACACUAGACCGGUUCAGCCGAGCACUUCAAGAGACUAUAGAAUUAGGAAUAAAGCAAGGUUUCGCAAAGGGAUUGAUGAUGGGAAGCAUGGGAAUGGUUUAUGUAAGUUGGGCAUUUCAAGCUUGGGCUGGCACUUAUUUGGUGACUGAGAAGGGAGAAAAGGGUGGUUCUAUCUUUGUAGCUGGAAUCAAUAUAAUGAUGGGAGGACUGAGCGUAUUAGGUGCACUCCCAAAUCUAACUUCCAUCACAGAGGCAACAGUUGCUGCUACGCGUAUUUUUCAAAUGAUUGAACGAACUCCAAGUAUAGACUUGGAAGACAAGAAGGGGAAGGCUUUAUCAUAUGCAAGAGGAGAAAUUGAUUUUCAGGACAUACAUUUUAGCUAUCCAUCAAGACCUGACACACCAAUCUUGCGAGGGUUGAAUCUCAGGAUUCCAGCUGGGAAGACAGUUGGUCUUGUGGGAGGCAGUGGCUCCGGAAAGUCUACAGUCAUUUCAUUGCUUCAAAGAUUUUAUGAGCCCAAUGAAGGACAAAUUCUCUUAGAUGGACACAAAAUAAAUAGGCUUCAGCUCAAAUGGUGGAGAUCCCAAAUGGGUCUAGUUAAUCAGGAACCAGUCCUCUUUGCCACAUCUAUAAAGGAGAAUAUAUUGUUUGGGAAGGAAGGUGCCUUGAUGGAUGAUGUGAUCAAUGCUGCUAAGGAUGCAAAUGCACAUGACUUCAUAACUAAGUUAACUGAUGGAUAUGAAACACAAGUUGGCCAGUUUGGAUUCCAAUUAUCUGGGGGGCAAAAGCAGCGUAUUGCCAUUGCAAGGGCUCUGAUCAGAGACCCCAAAAUCCUGCUUCUAGAUGAGGCAACCAGUGCACUGGAUGCACAGUCUGAAAGAAUAGUUCAGGAUGCAAUUGAUCAGGCAUCGAAAGGAAGGACAACAAUCACCAUUGCGCAUCGCCUCUCCACAAUCAGAACAGCAAACCUGAUUGUUGUUCUUCAAUCAGGGAGAGUAAUUGAAUCAGGUUCACAUGACCAGUUAAUGCAAAUAAAUAAUGGAAGAGGUGGAGAAUACUUCCGGAUGGUGCAGUUGCAACAGAUGGCAGCACAGAAAGAAAAUUUUAAUGACUUCAUCUAUAGAAAUGAUGGAAAGAACUCCUUUAGGAUGAGUCCUGCUCCCAGUCCGGUUAGCUUGAGAAAAAGCACUCCACGCACCCCAGUGUUAAGCCCCUUUAGCCCAGCAUUGUCUAUCGGCACACCUUAUUCCUACUCAAUCUAUGAUCCUGAUGAUGAAAGUUUCGAAGACGACUUAAACCAACUGAAUUAUCCGGCACCUUCUCAGUGGCGUCUGCUGAAAAUGAAUGCACCUGAAUGGGGACGAGGCUUGACUGGAUGCUUGGCUGCAAUAGGUGCUGGAGCGGUUCAACCUAUUAAUGCUUACUGUGCAGGAUCACUUAUGUCAAACUACUUCCGCAGUGACAAAUCUGCUAUCAAACAUAAAUCCAACGUAUUGGCCUUGAUUUUUUUAUUUAUUGGUGCUCUCAACUUCAUCACCAGCCUCCUCCAACAUUAUAAUUUUGCAAUUAUGGGAGAGAGGUUGACGAAAAGAGUACGCGAGAAACUGCUAGCAAAGCUGAUGACUUUUGAGAUAGGGUGGUUUGAUGAUGAUGAGAAUACAAGUGCAGCAAUUUGUGCAAGGCUAGCCACUGAAGCCAGCAUGGUUCGCUCCCUUGUUGGGGAUCGGAUGUCAUUGCUAGUACAAACAUUCUUUGGUUCUGUCUUUGCUUAUUCAAUAGGACUUGUUCUAACAUGGAGGCUAACCCUUGUUAUGAUAGCUGUGCAACCAUUAGUUAUUGGAAGUUUUUAUUUGAGGAGUGUUUUGAUGAAAAGUAUGGCCGGGAAAGCACAAAAGGCACAAAUGGAAGGAAGCCAACUAGCAAGUCUUGGCCUGUUUUGCUCCCAGUUUUUUAACACGGCUUUUAUCACACUAACAUACUGGUAUGGUGGGAGGCUCCUGACGGAAGGGUUAAUAACCUCAGAGCGCCUUUUCCAAGCAUUUUUGAUACUGCUUUUCACUGCUUAUGUCAUUGCAGAAGCUGGAAGCAUGACUAAUGAUAUAUCCAAAGGAGGCAAUGCAAUUCGAACAAUAUUUGCAAUUCUCGAUAGGAAAAGUGAGAUUGAUCCAAACAACUCAUUUGGUGCUUCGAACAUCAGGAGAAAGUUAAAUGGCCAAGUGGAGUUCAACAAUGUCUACUUUGCUUAUCCAACAAGACCAGAUCAAAUGAUCUUCAAAGGCUUGAACCUCAAAAUUGAUGCAGGGAAGACAGUGGCACUGGUAGGGCCAAGUGGUUCUGGAAAAUCUACUAUCAUUGGACUUAUUGAGAGGUUUUACGAUCCCUUGAAAGGAGCAGUUUUUAUUGACAGACAGGACAUAAAGAGAUACAAUUUGAGAAUGCUGAGAUCUCAUAUUGCACUAGUCAGUCAAGAACCAACACUGUUUGCUGGCACUAUCCGCGAAAAUAUUGCCUAUGGCAAAGAGAAUGCAAGAGAAUCUGAGAUACGAAAGGCUGCAGUUGUUGCCAAUGCACAUGAAUUCAUCAGUGGAAUGAAAGAUGGGUAUGAUACCUACUGUGGAGAAAGAGGAGUUCAGCUAUCAGGAGGUCAAAAACAAAGGAUAGCACUUGCUCGUGCGAUACUGAAGGAUCCUUCAAUCCUGUUGUUGGAUGAGGCAACCAGUGCACUUGACAGUGUGUCAGAGAGCUUAGUUCAAGAGGCACUUGAGAACAUGAUGGUUGGCAGAACAUGUGUAGUCAUUGCUCACAGACUGUCAACAAUUCAGAAAUCCAACAGCAUUGCGGUUAUCAAGAACGGAAAGGUUGUAGAACAAGGCUCACACAAAGAACUCAUAGCAUUAGGUAGCAGUGGAGAAUACUACUCUCUGACAAAACUACAAAGCGGAAGCUCCUCUUAUCAAUAAAGCAGAAUCAUCUGGAGUCUGGACUGCCAUAGGAGGAAAGUCUACUCUUUUUUAAGUCUGGACUGGCAUGAUUUUUGA